UCUCGGGACAUCCGAGCGGAACGAUGAACAUAACACACAGAGGGCGGCCCUCUGUGGACUUGGGCUUGCCACAUGGCAGUAACAACUCGACUGCCUGGGGCAAUGCGAGUGACCCCACAGGCGAUCUCCAGGAGCUGAUCCGCACGACCACUCUCGCCACCUGUACCCUCCUGCUGCUACUGACAUUCUGUGUGGGGACCUACGGCAACCUGGUCGUCUUCUUAUCCUUCUUUGAUCCAGUGUUUAGAAAGUUUCGGACUAACUUUGACUUUAUGAUCCUGAACCUAUCCUUUUGUGACCUAUUCAUUUGCUGUGUGACAACACCCAUGUUCGCUUUCAUUUUAUUUUUUGAUUCCGAUAGCAACGUCUCCGAGGUUUUCUGCUUCACCUUUCACCUCACCAGUGCUGGAUUGAUAAUAAUGUCCCUUAAAUCAGUGACAUCGAUAGCUCUCUAUCGCUUGCGCAUGGUGCUUGGUCAGCAGCACAAUACAACAGCUUCUUCUCGCUCUUUAUUUAUCCUAACCAUCAGUCUGUGGACCUUAAGUUUCACCCUUGCUAUUCUGACUACCUUCCGGACAUAUCCUGACAGUUCCAGAGUAUGCGUUCCCCUUUUUGGUUGCUCUAAUAGGGAUGGUAGAGUCAUUCUCUAUCUAUAUGUUACAGAUUUUGCAUUUUGCGUGGGAGCCGUAUCGGUUUCCUAUGUGGUGAUAGCUCUUGCCCUGAAGAGAAAUGCACAUGUAAGGAAGUGUGCAUUCGUCACUGUUGAUACAUUAAGGACCAAGUCCCUCAAGAGAACAGACAACGUCAACGCACAGACUGCAGUACAGCUUCUUCGCCCAAAUAAACUCCAGCUCAUGCACGAACACUCCCAAGGACGUUCUCGAGUCAAGGCUUCUGAAAAUAGGUUGAGUCGAUCGUCCUCGGUGAAAUUACCAGGCACAAAAGAUUCGAAGGCUGUCAUGACAUGUGUUGUCAUUGUGCUGACGGUAAUAGUUUGCUACCUGCCAUUGGGAAUCUCCUUCUUGCAAGACGUGUCAACACCGCAGAGUAGUUUUAUUUUAAAUCAGUUUAAGCUUUUUGGAUUCACAUUGAUAUUCUUCAAAUCGGGUCUAAAUCCAUUUAUAUAUUCACGCAGCAGUGCUGGGCUUCGUAGGAGAAUUGCCUGGGACACACAGAGCGUGGGUCUUGCUUGCUGGUGUUGUAGAUAUUGGUUCUGGGCAGUGGGUAAAGGUGGUCUGCAUGCGAAUAGACACAAAUCGUCUCAUCAUGAAAAAAGUUCAGUUUAUAAGCUGUCUUCUAGACCACAGGGGAAGUUGGCAGAUCAGACUUAUGGACCCAGUCACUCAAUUGGUAGUAUAUUCACCCCCCAAAUGCCCGUUGGCCAUAAUUGUCCACAAAAUAUCUCGAUCCCAAUCAACACAAGUAUUCAAGCUCAGUUUAUUGUCACAUGCACCGAUUAAGGUACAGUGAAAUUUGAGUUACCAUACAGCCAUACUAAGUGAA